AAGGAAAUGAGCCACGUCACCGGCCAGCCCCCCAAACAGUCUGUACUAAAAGUAAAACUGACCCGACACAAGUAUGGAGUUCUUACUCAAGUCCCCGAUGAAAAUUAUACUCCUCACAGCAUGGCUCUCCAGCCUCAUGGACCCAUGCAGCUUCGCUGGCAUUUGCAAUUCUUGCCAUCAAUUCGCAACGUGCAAGUCCCUGAAUGGAUCAAACAAGGCCUGUUUCUGUAACCAUGGAUAUACUGGAGACGGAACAACAUUUUGCCAUGACGACAACGAGUGCCGGAAUGUGACGAAUAUCUGCGGGGACAAGGGGAACUGCACCAACACCGAGGGCAGCUACUACUGCACAUGUGUACAUGGAUACAAUUCGACAGGACAGGAACAGUUUCGACCUAAUGAUGGCACUGAAUGCAUCGAUAUUGACGAAUGCAAGACGGGACAGAUCUGUGGCCCAAACACACGCUGUCAUAACACGAACGGCUCGUUCUAUUGCACCUGUCAGCGUGAUUACAUCCCGACUUCAGGCCCUCCACACUUUCAUCCAGACAGUGGUGUAAGAUGUGAAGAGCACCCCAGAAAAUACUGCCACGACAACAUUGGGUGCAUCACACAGACUGUCAACAAAACACUUGAAUAUAUGAACAACCUCACAGAGCCCCAGAGUCGACUGAGGGAGAUUGCCAAACAGACGUCUGGUGAGCUCACCUCAGUGGAAGUGAUCGCAUAUGUCGAGGCCUUGUGUCAGUCUGCAUCAAUGCUGGCAGCCAAAGAACAGGAUUACGCGGUCAAACCAUCCCUCAUCAACGCAACUCUCUCAAAACUCGUAACAGCAGUAAAUAAUUUGGUGGAAUGGGAUGAACAUGUGGCUUGGCGCAGACUAAAAGAAGAACGUCGGGAACAUACUAUCACCAAACUGCUACAUGCAGUUGAAGAAAGCGCUCUGACGUUAGCCGGCAGCUACAGAACUCCAGCUGAGCUUGAAAUCAAAGCCACACAAAUGGAAUUGAAACUAAUCACUUUUGAAGUCCGUAACACAAAAGCCAAGCUGUCUGCUUCAAUGGGAGGAGAUCAUAUAAAUUUAACCCCAAAACUGAGCACAGAAGAGGGCAGAAAUGGCAGCGCGUCGGCGGUGUUUGUGCGAUAUGACAGUGUUGGUGACAUCCUAAAGCCGAGGAGCAACCCAGGUGUCAGCGACAACUCGCAGUAUGCGGGAACAGGGGAAAUCAGUGUCAACUCCCAAGUCAUCGCCGCAGCCAUCAAACCCGCUGACGUUUUCCAGCUUGACCAUGUCACCUUCACACUCAAGCACAAUGAGCCCAUCGAUCCUAAAAGUGACGUGAGUAAAUGUGCCUUCUGGGAGUACGAGACAUCAAGCCUGCAGGGCCGCUGGGCUACUCAUGGAUGUAAGACCGUCCAUGUUGACAACAACGCAACCACCUGCUCCUGCAGCCACCUUACACACUUUGCUGUCCUGAUGUCUUCUGGACGAACUAAUCUGGUGGGCCAUAAUACUGUCCUGACACGGAUCACCCAGCUGGGAAUGAUAAUCUCCCUCAUCUGUUUAUCCAUGUGCAUCUUCACCUUCUGGUUCUUCAGUGAGAUCCAGAGCACCAGGACAACCAUCCACAAGAACCUCUGCUGUAGCCUCUUCAUGGCCGAGUUCAUCUUCCUGGUUGGGAUCAACAUGAACAGCCAUAAGCUGUUCUGCUCAGUUAUUGCAGGGCUGCUGCACUAUUUCUUCCUCGCGGCCUUCGCCUGGAUGUGCAUCGAGGGCAUCCAUCUGUACUUGAUAGUGGUUGGCGUCAUCUACAACAAAGGCUUCUUGCAUCGUAACUUUUACAUCUUCGGCUAUGGAAGCCCAGCAGUGGUGGUGGCCAUUUCUGCAACGCUGGGUUACAGAUAUUAUGGCACCGAUAAAAUGUGUUGGUUGAGUACAGAAAACCACUUCAUUUGGAGUUUCAUUGGGCCAGCGUGUUUGAUCAUUCUGGUUAAUCUUUUAGCUUUUGGAGUAAUCAUCUUCAAAGUGUACCGGCAUACUGUUGUGAAAAAGCCUGAACUCAGCCACUAUGAAAACAUCAGGUCGUGUGCUCGUGGGGCCGUGGCCCUUUUGUUUGUGCUGGGGGCCACCUGGACAUUUGGAGUCUUGCACAUCCUCCAUGAAACCUAUCUGACUGCAUACCUGUUCACCAUCACCAAUGCUUUCCAAGGAAUGUUCAUCUUCAUCUUUCUCUGCGUCUUAUCAAGAAAGAUUCAGGAGGAGUACUACAGGCUUUUCAAAAAUGUGCCGUGUUGUUUUGAAUGCCUGAGAUGAAUUCCUGCACCCAAAGGCUGAUGAUUCACGCCAUGUGUAUAGUUGUCAUCUCUGCACUGCAGCUUUGCAAUAUCCUGUGACUCAAGCUCUCCUAUUUGGAAAAACAUAGAUGGAGGAAUUGUAAAGUACAGCUGGCUAAUAAAUAAGUACAUAAAGCUUGGUCAUCAAACUGUCUUUUUCUCUGUUUGAAAGACUGCUGCUGUGUGUACACAGCGUUCGUUUUAUGCUCAGGAUCACUGUGUACACACACAUAGCUUGUUCACCACCUAUCAAAAUUUAGGAUUUUUUCUCUUUGAUCAGAAAUAUACUGCAAAUAACAUACACCCUGUUGUAUCAGUGCUUGUUGAUGCUUUUGUUGUGUUUAAAAUGAAUAUGUAAAUUAUUAAAAUCAAUGUGGUAGACAUCA